AUGCGUAUUGGGUUGUGCUUGUGGCUUGGGUUGCGCUUCGUUGCGCUUGCGGUGGAGACUGUGUGGCAUCUGGCAUUGUUGACUGAGCUGACCGCCGGCCCCGGCCCAGCGGCGACUGGCGGCGGCCGCGCUCACGCGGACUGCGCGUUGCGCCGCGAGGAGCGAGUCCGCUUCGAGAUUGGCGUCGGCUCGGGGAGCUUGCUUCUGGCGCCGGCCGGCUCCGGCUCCGGCGCGGCCUCCGGCACGGCCUCUGGCUCGCGCGUCGACGCGCGGGGGGAGGGGGCGCGGAAGGAGGCGCGCGCCUGA